GCCAUGGGGCGCCGAGCGGCGUGCUGCCCUUCCGGCCCCGCCUGAUGACGUCAGGGCUGGGAGCCGGAAGGACGGACCCACUUCGCAGGGGCGUUCCGCUUUCUCGGGCCCCGCGGAGCCUGUCGGGCCGCAAGGUUCCCGGGCAGGGCGAUGACAGAGUACAAGCUGGUGGUGGUGGGAGCUGGUGGCGUUGGCAAAAGCGCCCUGACCAUUCAGCUCAUCCAGAACCACUUCGUGGACGAGUACGAUCCGACCAUAGAGGAUUCAUAUCGGAAACAGGUAGUUAUUGAUGGUGAGACCUGUUUGCUAGACAUUCUGGAUACUGCAGGGCAGGAGGAGUACAGUGCUAUGCGAGACCAGUACAUGAGAACUGGUGAAGGCUUCCUCUGUGUCUUUGCCAUUAAUAACAGCAAAUCAUUUGCUGAUAUCAAUCUCUACAGAGAGCAGAUUAAGAGAGUGAAAGAUUCAGAUGAUGUGCCAAUGGUGCUAGUGGGAAACAAGUGCGACUUGCCCACAAGGACAGUGGAUACAAAACAGGCUCAAGAACUAGCUAAGAGCUAUGGGAUCCCCUUCAUUGAGACGUCAGCCAAAACAAGACAGGGUGUCGAAGACGCUUUUUACACAUUGGUGAGAGAGAUCCGCCAAUACCGGAUGAAAAAGCUCAACAGUAGUGAAGAUGGGAAUCAAGGCUGUAUGGGAUUGUCAUGCAUUGUGAUGUGAUGAGCCACCAAGAAUACCUGGUUCAGAUGUAGCUGGAGGACAAGUCUUGAUGCCACUGUAAAGCAUCUCACGAUGAUACCCUGGUGCCAGCCAAGCAGUAUAAAGUCCUUUUCUGUGCUCCAUCUGAAGAGAACAUCUCUGAACAGCUACCUCCUUGCUCGGCUAACUGAGCAGAGAAAGCCGCAUCUGUUGAUGCACUUGGGAUUUCUUUUUUCUUUUUUUUCCUGGGUAGGUUCAAACAGAAAACUGGUCACAAGAAAAGCGAACUUUAAACACCAAAUACUGUGAAAAAGAUGACAACAUUUUUACCUCUAGAGUAGAUGCUAGAAGUGAUGUUUGUUUCCUUUGUAUCAGAUUAAGACCUGGGGAGGAAUA